CCCCACCCAGCCGUCCUGACCCCUCCUUUGUUUCCUCUUGGCUUAACUUUAUUUUCUUUUAAAAAAAAACAAGAGGGGGAGUGGAAAAGUUAGCAAACUUUGUUUGAGGGACUAUUUUACUUUAGCGGUUAUGAAUGCAACUGCGCUUGCAAAAGGGAUUGAGAGACAUUGCUGAACACUCCGGUGAAUUAAGGGGGAGCGAACAUUUCGAUGCUAAAUGAUAAAAAAAAAGGAGCAGCGAGCGGUGAUCUUCCAGUGGGUCUUUCAAUGACCGGAGUGACACAGAAGCAAGAGAUCUGAAGCCGGUUGUGAGUCUCGCCCCCAGCACCGUUGAUUUGUAGCAGAACAAAUCCACCAGGAUGACCGAUUGGAUCCUACUUGUGGUCCUAGGCUCUUUGGCUGCUGACUUGGUCCAAGCGGGGGCGAAGAAUGCUUACACCGGGCCGUGUGCAGGACGAGACUGCAGCAGAGGUUGCCAAUGUUUGCCAGAGAAGGGGGCGAGGGGUCAGCCUGGACUGAUUGGGCCACAGGGACGCAGUGGGCCUCCAGGGUUUUCUGGACCAGAGGGAUUAAGGGGACCGAAAGGUGAAAAAGGUAACCCUGGUAACCCGGGAGCUGCAGGCAUGAAGGGAGAAAAGGGUCCAAUCGGUGUGCCAGGAUUUGUCGGGAUGAAUGGGAUUCCAGGUCACCCAGGUCAGCAAGGUCCUAGAGGACGCCCAGGUCUGGAUGGGUGCAAUGGUACCAUCGGAUCUCCAGGUUUUCCUGGCAGUGCAGGUUUUCCUGGAUCUCCAGGAUUCCCGGGUGAAACGGGUCUCAAAGGAGCCAAAGGAGAGCCAAUCCAAAUCUCAGGCAACCGUGAUGAACUCAGGGGUGAGCCAGGCCUACCAGGUUUGGACGGAGUUCCUGGUCCAGCGGGCUCUCUUGGAUCAGAUGGUGCUGUUGGUCCCAGAGGACAGCCGGGUCUUCCAGGCCGACCUGGUCCCCCAGGCCUUCCAGGGUUGAAAGGUAACAUGGGGUUGGGAUUCCAAGGACAGAAAGGAGGAAAGGGAGACGUGGGCCUGCCAGGUCCUCCUGGACCACCACCUGCCACCGGGCAACUUGAGUUUGGUGGACAACCUGGAUUUCCAAAAGGGGACAAAGGUGAAAAGGGUGAUAUGGGAUCACCUGGUCCUCGUGGAGAGUUUGGAUUUCCUGGCCUUCCGGGAUAUUCGGAUAUAGUGAGAGCAAAAGGAGAGAAAGGAAUCCCUGGUCUCCCAGGCCCAAGGGGAUCUUUUGGUUUAGAUGGAUCACCUGGAAUUCCAGGAAAGAAAGGCCAACCAGGUUUCCCUGGAGCACGCGGAAGAGAUAGUUAUCCAGGAAUGAAGGGUGACCAGGGUGAUGUGGGUCCACCAGGACCCCCAGCUUACAUAGAUGGAAGUGGUACUCUUAUUAAAGGUCCCCCUGGAGAUUCAGGUUCACCAGGGCUCCCAGGCCCUCCAGGAAUCCAAGGCUUACCAGGUUCACCGGGAUUGCCAGGAUCUCCGGGCUUUCCAGCACAAGUUCAAGGCUCCAAGGGUUUACCAGGAUUUUCAGGUGUUAAAGGACCUAAAGGCGAGAAAGGAGCAGCAGGAAGAAUGAUAUUCUCACAACCAGGACCACAAGGGCCACCAGGAUUACCAGGCCCACCUGGACCUCCUGGCCUACCAGGUCCUUCAGGUAGUCGGACCAGAGUAACUGGACCAGUUGGUCCUCCAGGAUUGCCUGGACCAGCCGGACCACCAGGAUUCAGGGGAAAUAAAGGCUAUAAGGGUGAGCCAGGUGCUUGUGCAUGCGAUGGAGUGAUAACUGGGAAUGGAAUUCAAGGACCCCCCGGCCCACCUGGUGAACCAGGAAAGCCUGGUUUCAAUAGUGGCAAAGGCCAGUGUGGAGACCCAGGACCCCCAGGACCUCCGGGGCAAACAGGCCCUCCAGGCGUUCCAGGUGUGCCAGGAGGAUUAGGUCCAAAAGGACAGAAGGGAGACUCAUCAGGUAUAUCAGCAAAAGGGCAAAAAGGAGAUCCCGGUAAUCCAGGCCCACGGGGACCUUCAGGCACUCCAGGGAAACCAGGAAAUGAUGGCUUCCCAGGUUUACCAGGACCUCCAGGUGAACCUGGUGACAGUGGAACAGGCAUUCAUGGUGCUAAAGGUCUUCCAGGUAGGCGUGGUCCAAAGGGUCCCCCAGGUGAGAUGGGUACACCAGGCGUUGGAUUCCCAGGCCCUCCGGGUUUCCAGGGUCCUCCAGGUGAUCCAGGAGUUGAUGGUAUACCAGGACCACCAGGAUUACCAGGGGUACCAGGUGACUGUUGCUGCGGGGAAACCGCUGGGGAAGGCGACCUUCAUACAGAGGGAGGAAUCACUCUGCCCUGUGUGAUCCCAGGCAAUGUAGGUUUGAGGGGUAGACCUGGAGUAACAGGACACCCAGGUCCAAAAGGUAGACCUGGCUUCUCAGGUAGUCCGGGACGACCAGGAAUUGAUGGACCAAAAGGACCCCCUGGAGAUCCAGGCUUGUUGGGAGAACCAGGCCGACCAGGGUUUCCUGGACCACCUGGUGAUCAGGGACGGCCUGGUCUCCCUGGGCUGGAUGGAAAUGAAGGUUCUCCUGGAAAACGGGGUACCCCAGGAUUUCCAGGUCAGAAGGGACGCCCAGGUGAUGUGUAUGGUGCAGAAAGAGGUGCCCCAGGACAACCAGGUCCAAGUGGAAAACCAGGAUUGAAAGGAUUUCCCGGAGAUCCUGGGUUUCCAGGAGCCAAAGGUGUUGAUGGUCGACCGGGAUUUUCAAGUCAUAAAGGUGAAAGAGGAAAUCCCGGCUACCCUGGCUCUCAAGGCUUGCCUGGUCCCCCAGGCCCGAAUGGACCAGGCGUCAUACCUGGUUUCCCAGGAGAAAUGGGAAGGCCCGGUGAGCUUGGACAACCAGGCUGCGAAGGUUUUCCUGGACCAAAAGGUUCAGCUGGAGAUCGUGGACCCCCAGGUCCUGCGGGUAUGAAGGGAUUUCCAGGAUUUCCGGGAGAUAGAGGUCUCCCUGGAUCAUCAGGCCGCCCUGGUCCUCCAGGAGAACCUGGUCGUCGAGCUCAAUUUAAUCGAUAUGGAUUGAAAGGCGAGAAAGGCUCUCCUGGUGUGGUUGGCUUCCCAGGCAUUCCUGGUCGACAAGGCCAGCCAGGCUUUGAUGGAAGUAAAGGAGAAAUGGGCAGCCCAGGUAGACCAGGCUUCCCCGGUUCCAUAGGCAGGCAAGGAAUGAAAGGUGAUAGGGGUGAUGUUGGAUUCCCUGGGCCCCCGCCUCCUCUUGUAGGAGGCUUUCCAGGACCAAGAGGUGACCCUGGCAAUCCUGGGAAACAAGGGUUUUCUGGGAUGAGAGGAAACAAAGGCUUGCCAGGGCCAAUUGGUCGGCCUGGACUCCCAGGACCAAGUGGCUAUCCUGGGUUCGAGAAAGGUAGACCAGGUGAUCAAGGGCCUCCGGGAUAUCCUGGAUCGCCAGGACAACCAGGGCCGAAAGGCUCCUUUGGCAUUAAUGGUUUCCCUGGAUCGACUGGAGAAAAGGGUAAUGAUGGUCCGCCAGGUCUUCCUGGAUACCCUGGUGAUUUGGGUUUUGUUGGUCCAAAAGGUGAACCUGGUGAUAGACUAACUGUGAUAGGCCAUCUGGGAAGAAAAGGAGAACGUGGACAACCAGGGUAUCCAGGUGGAAGAGGACAGACUGGUUUGCGUGGUGACCCUGGUCUCUCAGGUAGCCCUGGGCCUCCUGGACUUAAAGGAUUGCCAGGUGAAAGAGGUCGACCAGCUGGCCCCGGUGCUCCAGGUCUGCAAGGGAUGGCUGGGACUCCAGGAUACCAGGGAUCUCGAGGAUAUCCAGGUCCUCCGGGACCUCCAGGUCAACUUUCUCAAGUAGGACAGAAAGGACUCCCAGGCUCUCCAGGACUAGAUGGUUUGAAUGGUUUGCCUGGACCUAAAGGACCCAGAGGAACACCAGGUGCUGUUUUGGCAGCACCGCCAGGGCCUCCUGGUCUUCCUGGGUUAAAGGGUGAAUACGGUGCACCAGGCAUUGGUGUAGGCGCACCAGGAUAUCCAGGACAAAAAGGACCUCGAGGAGAUCCAGGCCAUGCUGGAUUAAUGGGUCCUCCAGGGAAACCGGGUUCCCCAGGAUCCACCAUCCCUUCAAACAUUCCUGGGAAGCCAGGUGAUGUUGGUCCUCCUGGAUACGAUGGUGAACGAGGUCCUUCAGGUCCAGUUGGUCCUCCUGGGCCACCAGGCUUGGGUUUUGAAAGAGGAGAUCCCGGUGACCCUGGCUUUCCUGGUACCCCUGGGCGACAAGGUGCAAGGGGGGACAUUGGGUCUCCUGGACUGCCAGGCGUUCCUGGUCCUCCAGGAUUCAAAGGUGAAAGGCCAGAACAAAGCAUCAUGGGAUUUCCAGGAACAAACGGCCCUCCUGGUGAUCCAGGAUACCCAGGACCCAAAGGGGAUACUGGUCCUGAAGGUUUUCCAGGAGAACAAGGCUUACCAGGAGCGGUAUCAGAAAUUAUACUCGCAUCACCAGUCCCCGGUCCCCCAGGUCUGCCCGGACCUGCUGGUUUAUCUGGUUCUUCGGGAAAUCAAGGUAUCCCUGGUUAUUUAGGAUUUCCAGGUGUCAAAGGCCAGCCUGGGAAAUCAGGUAGAGUGGGACCAAAUGGUUUACCUGGCCUUCCAGGUAUGUCAGGAGAUCCAGGCCUGAAGGGAUAUCCUGGACCACCUGGAUUAGAAGGUAGCCCUGGGAAGCCGGGAACAGCAGGACUUCCAGGAAUGCCAGCUCGUAGUGUAAAUGUGGGCUACACGCUGGUAAAACACAGUCAAUCAGAUAGCGUGCCUCCCUGCCCAUUGGGAAUGAACAGAUUGUGGGAUGGAUACAGCUUACUGUUUGUGGAAGGUCAAGAAAAGACUCAUAACCAGGAUUUGGGAAUGGCUGGCUCAUGCUUGCCCCGUUUCACCACUAUGCCUUUCCUGUACUGCAAUGUUGAUGAGGUGUGCCACUACGCAAACAGGAACGACAAGUCUUACUGGCUUUCUACCACUGCCCCAAUCCCCAUGAUGCCUGUCUCCAACCAGCAGAUCCAACGCUACAUCAGCCGCUGCUCAGUCUGCGAGGUGCCAUCUCAGGCUAUUGCUGUGCAUAGCCAGGACAUAACCAUUCCACAGUGCCCUGAAGGCUGGAGGAGUCUGUGGAUAGGUUACUCUUUCCUUAUGCACACAGCUGCUGGUGCUGAAGGUGGAGGCCAGUCUCUUGUCUCGCCAGGCUCCUGCCUGGAGGACUUCCGCUCCACCCCCUUCAUCGAAUGCAAUGGCGCCCGCGGCACGUGCCACUACUUUGCCAACAAGUACAGCUUCUGGCUGACCAUCGUGGAGGAGGGCCAGCAGUUUGUGGAAUCGCCACCCUCGGAGACGCUGAAAGCGGGUCAGCUGCGCACUCGGGUCAGUCGCUGUCAAGUCUGCAUCAAGUAUUUGUAGCGGCCAGCUUGCUCAAAGCUGCCUGACUGGCGUGACUGUUGGUCUGCUGACAAAGGCCUUUUUGAUGAAUCACCAGCCAGUUUUACAAACUUUGUAAAUUAGGAGGAGAAGGUUUCUAAAACAGAUUGUAUUUUUAAAAACAAAUGGCAUAACUUGAUUCAUACAACUAUGCAAAGUCCCCCCCACCCCAUUUUAUUAACCUACUAAGCUUCCACUGAACAAAUAAAGGACCAGCUAAAGUCAUUAUUUACUGGGCCUGCUCUGUCCAACUUAUUUAGUUGCAGUUUAUUUUCAGUAGCUUCUUUAAGACUGAUUAGGCUGAUGCCAUGCCUGAGUAUGGUAUAGUUGGAGUUCACUACAUUCUAAAAAGGUGUAGGAUGUUGUGAAUUCAUUUGUGAAUAGUAAAGCUAGGGAAUGUCUCUUAAGCAUCUCAUGUCCGUCUGAUGGGCUGUGCCACAUGAUAUGCUACCGCCCACUUGUAAGAAAAUGCCAGCUCUUCCACAGGCAUUUUUGAAAACUGGGCAUGGGGUUGAGUUAUUUUAAGACAUCUUUGCCAAUUGUGUUUCUUCAUAUUCCUGACUGUUCAGUGCAAACUGUUAAUGCUCCUAUAAAUUAUCCCUGGCAUUAUCACACAUGGUGCCCUUCUCCAAGUUGGCAUGACACCAAAGCAUUUUCCUUUUUGCCAUUAUAUUACAACUUAUCUCGGUUGCAGCUUCCUUCCUCUAAGCUGUGUCCCAAAAGGCUUACAUCGGGGCUAGGACAGAAGAUGGCAAGCUUUAAGGCAAGAGAACCCAUUUUUCAAAUUUAGUCAGAAACAAAUAUCAGAAGAGAUGUAAUAAUGUUACUCAGACACCAAAAACAAUGAGAAAGAAGAUAAGCAGAUUCCAAAAAUAUUUGUUUAUUGAAUUACUUUUUGAAAGUACAGUGUUAAUAAAAUAAAAAAAUGAAAUAACUAAUUUAAUUGCCCAAAUAAAUGAGUUUGAUCAAUUUAGGUUGGGAGUUGCAUGCAUCAUUAAUGAGUUGCAUGUGAUUCAAGAACCAGAAGUUACAGACAAGGAGACAGGGCAUAGGGAUGCUGAACAAAAGAUGUCUGACAGUUCAAAGUGGUUGCAAUUCAAUGUUAGCUACUGAAGAUAAACUGGUCUAUGUUUCAAAGGCUUUUAUAUAUAUACAUACUGUAAAUACAUUUGCUUUAUUGUGAAAUUUAAUUUUAAAAGAUGUGUGCUGACCCAACUUCCCCAUCCUCAUUAUAAAAAAAACUAAAAUGUACUCUUCUGAAAUAGGAAUGAUUUGUGUAAUUCUCACAAAGAAAAAAGUAUUUUUAAAAUACUCAUUUUGCAAGAUAUUUUUCCGCAAUACAAAUUGUGUGCGGGACUAGGUUUAAAACUAUCGCGUGCACUUCCUAGAUCAUAAGCCACAUUAGAAAAGGGCUGUAGAAGGAAUAGCAGGAAACUAAAAAUAUUGUGGAGGUUCACGUUUACUUAUCACAAAGAUGCUCUUACAGUUCACGGCUACCUCAGAAAGUGAAAUUGUUGCCUUACUUUCUUUCUGCUACCACAGAAUAGAUCUGAGUCAUUGAAAUCAAUAAACAAGUGUGUACCUGCACUGAUAUAUCUAACUGGCUUUCAUUCAUAUUUGCACAAUGGAGUUUCUAUUUUUUGUGUCUACUCCUUAAAAAAACAUACAGUUCCCUUAAGUGGAGAGGUUGUAAAUAACAACCAAAGACUGUCUGCAAUAGUUAAUUAUCAAAUUUAUGACAUAUAAUUGGCAGAUGCAGUGAAUUUUCCUCUAUCACUAUUAAUCAUUAACUCAGAAUUCUUUAACACAGAAUUAUGCCCAUCUACGUCCCUCCCUACCCACAGGUCUAAAUGGUUUUGGCACAUUUUUGGUGCAUUCAACUGCUGCAUUCACUGUUAAUCAUUACGUAAUAUGUAAAUUCCCAGGUGUAUUCACUAACUGUGUUGCACUGGUUAAAAUUUCAGCAUUUAGCAAUUAGUAGCAAAAUAAAAAUGAAUGGAAAUGUGGUAUUUUUGCAUUCUGGCUUUGAUUAUAGGUUAAGAACCAGUCAGUAGAGAGAUGCCAAUAGACAGGGAGGGCUUUAUUCUCCUACUUGCUUAGAGAAGAGAUUUGGCAGUCUUUAAUGAGAGUUUAGAAAGGAACUGGUGCUUGGUAUGUAGAUCAAAUCCAAUUAAAAGGGCUCUGUCACACCAUAAACUACAAAUGCCAGAACUAUUAUUUCUUCAAUCUAAAACUGAGGAACAUUUGUUGUGUUGGUUGCAUGUGACAUCAAUUUGAGCCAUCUUUGUCACAAUUCAAAUUACAGUGAUUUACUGUCAAUCAUUAGUAUUGCAAUGUGGGGAUAAAUGGUGCUAUCAGUUUAGUGAACCACUCAUCACUCCACCAUUUACAAAUCAAAAAAGCCAUGGGUCACCAAACUUUUUACUGAGUGCAGAAACUGUCUUCAAUGAACAUGCUGCUUUUCUUUCAGAGGUAGCUUUUAGUAUUACAGUCGAGGGUUUUGUCUUUAAUCCAGAAUAAGCAAUAGGGAUAUGCCAGAGAUAGAAAAGGCAAUUAGGCUGAAGCAGAAUUUCAGCUAAAAAUGGACCUUCAUAAAAAAGCUCUGCUUUUGAAUUGAAUAGCCAGUUCAAAUGCACAGUAUUUUAGGAUGUGGAGAUGCAAUAUUUUGCCAUUUUCAAAAGCCAACUGAGAAUGUAAUUAGAGGCCUGGUAAGGAUUUAAAUCAUGGCUUAAGUUCUGAGGGUAAAAUUUCCAAAUCCUCAAAUGACUUAAGAGAAUAUUGGAAAAUUGUGUGCACUUCAAAACCAGACAGUGGCAAACCCUUGUUGUGCCAAAGAAAAACAACAUACUUUUUAAACCCACAAGUGUUUGUAUUCAAAAUGGUGCUAUUUUAUAUUGCUUCACUGCAUUUAGGGUAUUCAACCCAAUUUACUUAUGGCAGGGCAUCGUGUAUUCAGUAUGUAAUCUCUUGAACCUGCUUCUGAGUCUCUGAAAACUUCAAUCACCACAACCCCACCCAACCUCCACCAAUUUGGAAAGAAUGUACAUUUCAGAAUUUAGAUGAAUUGGUUUUAAGUGUGCUCUUGUCAUUGUAUCUGGAAAUGAUUUAUGUCUGAUUUUAAAGAAAAUAAUUCCAAACUUUAUCUCCUUUUUGUUUGUUGUUGCUUAAUACAUUGUCACAUAUAAUUACUGUUAUCAGGUUUCUAUUUUGAAUGGCAUUUGGUACUACUGAAAUUUAAAAUUUAAAUAUUUGUACUAAAAAAAAACUCUGAAGCUGUAGAAAUUCAAUUUAUAAUAUUUUAAAACAAAUAACCAAAUGUUAAAUGCUAAGAAGGCAACAUUGCUUUCCCUAGGCCAUUGAUGUUGCAGAAAUAUAUAAACUGCCGAAUGAUAGUAAACAAUAAAUUCAUGUAUUCUUGUCAAAA